AACGAAACAAAACAAAACGGCAAUCUGUCAGCCACUUUGCGAAAAAAGUAAAAAAGUGCGGUGUCGUCGAUAAAUUUCGUCUCGGGCUGCGAUCUACUCGUCGGAAAUAAAAUGAUUUCCUCCCGUGCUCUCCUGUUGGGGCGAUUGCUGCAGCGUGCGGCCAGUUCCCCGGCAACCACAGCGGCUAUCCGCAACCAGCUCGUCCGCCAUGGGCAUGACGUUUCGUACCGUAUGAAUGGACCAAAACCGGAGAUGCUGGCCCGUGUCGGCGCUCAAGUUGCCGGUGGACUGAUGUGGUGGUGGGUUCUGUGGCAUCUGUUCCAUGAAUACGAGCACAUUACGGGUGAAUUCGACUAUCCAGACCCUUCCCAGUGGACCAAUGCAGAGUUGGGCAUUCCAUCCGACAAUGAAUAGGUUGUUGACGCACGAUUUUGCUUAGGAAACUUCUUGUUUUAGCCGCGAAUUUUGAAGCUGGCGAAUCUGGAUGUGGGUUCGAAAUACCUACCAGCCAACUAAGUGGAGCCGUUUAUAUUGUAAAUAAAUAAAUUAAAUGGAAAAUUUGGUCAAGUAAAUUCAAUUUGUUCCUGGCAUUA